GCGGGAGGCGGCGCACGGCCAGCGGCGAAUCCCCCAGGGGCGGCGGGAGCCCCUCGCCGCCGCCCCGCCGCGGGGCCGGGCGACCGUGGCCGCGGCGCCGCCGACACCUUACUUCCUGCUUCGCUACCCAGGGCCAGACCCAUCGCGGCGGAGGGAUCCCGCCGCCUCCCGCAGCCUCCUCCCCCUUCUGCUUCUGCUUUCCCCCCCUUCCCUCUCCCCUCGCCCUUCUGCAAGAAAAUAAUUUGACAGCGAUUUGCUGACACCGGGAUUUUUUUUUCAAUUUUUUUUUUUGCAUCACGGACUCGCAAAGGCAGCGCGGCGGGAGGGGGAGGCCGUGCCGGAGGAUGAGCGCCGUACUGUAAGUGAAGUAGGACCCAGCCCGGGCAGCUCUGUAAUAAAUUAAUAUCGCGAUUGCUCCCUCCUCGCCGACACGGACAUAAGCCCCGCGCCCGGCCCCCGCGCCUGCACUUGUUGCAGACUUCACGCCAGAUGGAAUUUUAUGUCUUGCUGGAUUCUGAAUAGGACGAGGAGAUGUGUCUGAUAAGAUACAUCACUUUGAGAUCACAGAAUGAAACCAGCAUGAAAUGUUAUGGCAAAGACAGCACAGCAAGAUACAGGAGUCUCACAAAUCCUCAAAAAUCAGGUGCCUGGCACGCUGAACCUAUCGAUCUGUGUCGGAUUUGCGCUGUGGUCCAUUUAUUGAAGAUGUGAAGCAACGUCAAGUCGGAGAUUGGAAUUACUGACAGACUGGAGGAAAUCUUAGUCCUGAUGUGCACAUGGACAUGCUGAAUUAUAAGUAAUUCUGACUUCUUUUUCUCUCCCCUCCCUCCCCUUCACUCAGCUAUCUCAGGGUUCAUAGAGAUUCCAAUGGUUCGUGUGCCUGUAAGUUUGGAACAGAAGUGACCAGAAAUGGGGGACCAGCAAUUGUAUAAAACUAACCAUACUGCCAACAGCAAUGAGAACUUGUACUACCAACAACACCAAAUGAACUCCCUUCCAUCUCUAAAUCACAGCUAUGGGACAUCGGUUAUGGAUGCUCCCCAGGCAUCCCCUCUCUCCCCACAGUUUCCCCAAGAUUCAAGAGACAGUAUAGCUUUGCCUGUAGGUUCAAAAAGUCUUGGGUCAAUGGAUACAUCUAGACAAACCAGUUGGACACAUUCUGGCUCAGGAAACCAUGUCCCAGUGAGGAACAACUUGAAUAAUCAAAGCGCAAUGUGGAGCCCCCUCGGGCAGGGGGAGUCCCACGACGGAUACCAAUAUUCUUACUCUCAACCCAGUGAAAAUCGAUCGCAAAAAAUUACCAGUGGGGUCCUGCAUAAAUUGGACUCCUUUACGCAAGUAUUUGCUAACCAAAAUCUGAGGAUUCAAGUCAACAACAUGGCUCAGAUUUUGCACACCGAGUCUUCGAUGGCGGAUAAUUCUGGUGACAGCGCGCUCCGGCAGCUGCUGUCCCAGAAACCAGCGGUUGAGCAACAGCCCGUAACUUCCAGCAUACAAAGAUAUCAACCAGUGCCACAGCAAACACACACAAAUUUUGCAAGCACACAGCAAAAGCAACAGAUGCAAGUCAUGCAGCACCAACAGCUGUACUACGACUACCAGCAGCAUUUGUCGCAAAUGCAGAUGCAUUCUGCAUUUCAGCAAGGACAGACACACGUUCAGCAGAUGCAGUCCCAGCAGCUCCUCCCGCAACAGAUGCAGCACUUGCAGCAGACUCAGUACUACGCUCAGCCGCAGCAGGGACAUCAGCGGCUCUCGAUACAGGAGAUCCAGCAGCAGCAGCAGCCAGCCCGGCAGCAGCGGCAGUGUCCAAUGCAAAUAGCUCAGUAUUACCAAACGCAACCUGUCAUGCAGCAGUUACAGCAACAGCAGCAACAGAUGCAAUUGCCGCUUCCUCCCUAUCACAGGGAACCCGAUCCAAAGACUAUGCAUGAGCCACACCAGUACCCUCAGGAUCCAAGUCACCCUGUGCAGCUUAUCCAGUUGGGAGCAGUGCCUCAGUAUUGCUACCAAGAUCCCCACGAACAGUACAGGCACUUGUACUCGCAGAAUUUACUGCAGCAGCAGCAAGACCAGCAGAAGCAAUACCCUGGUGAGAGCCGGGCACCGUCUCUGAACUCCCACGUUGGCCUCAAUCCACCUGAGACCACAGAGGAUCCUGCACGGCAGGAGGUCAAUUCUGUAGGUAACGCUGUCCCUCAUCGAACUCUUUUGCCACCCUCGGGAGUUCACCUGAACAACAAAAGCUCUCAGCAAGACUCUCCCAGUGCCGCGUGGCCUCAGCAGGUGCAACUGUCAGAUGGCAGACUGCGGCCGCUGUCCCCAGAACAAAGUGGCCAGAACAGAGAAGCGCUUCCUGAGAGAGCUGAUGGGAAGAGCAAGCUAAUGUGUUCAAUAUGCUUGAAGGAGUUUAAGAGUUUGCCUGCUCUAAAUGGUCACAUGAGGUCACACGGAGGAGUAAGAGCAUCUCCUAACUUCAAACAGGUAGAUGAAGGAGAGAAACCACCCCAGCAGCCGCUGCCUAAAGAGGUGGAUGGCCUCGCGCCCAUCGUCAUGCCAGUGUCUGUCCCUGUCAAGCUUCUGUCACCCGAGCCCAGCCCGCAGCCCUCUGCCAGCGCUGCCACAGCCGCAGACAAGCCUGCCAGCUCUGUGUCAGAUGACGAGAUGCCCGUUCUCGUGAAGAUGACUUACUCUCCACCGUGCAGUCCCAAAGUGGCCAACCCCUGCUCAUCCGCUGAAAUUAGCAAAAAACCUCAUCAGACUGCUGUAAAAUUGGAAGAUAACUUCAAACCAUUGCAGGACAAGAAGAAAUAUCGGCACAGACCCGAACCACUCUUCAUACCUCCUCCUACUUUCAACUUCAGCAUGUCCCACUCUGGUGCCACCCUGUACCAGAGUCAGCUUCGCUCUCCCCGUGUCCUCGGAGAUCAUCUGCUAGACCGGACGCACGAGCUGCCCCCCUACACUCCGCCACCAAUGCUUAGUCCAGUUCGGCAAGGGUCUGGUCUCUUCAGCAGUGUUAUCACAUCAUCUCAUAGCACCUCACAUACCCAGCUGCCACUUACUCCACUGACACCUACUCCACGGGUGCUCCUGUGUCGCUCCAAUAGUAUUGAUGGAAGUGUCAUUCCGGUGACGCCUGGGCCUGGAGAACAGACGGUUGAACCACGAAUCAAUAUCGGGUCCAGGUUCCAGGCUGAUAUUCCUGAGCUGCAGGACAGGUUGCUAAUGGAAGAAGAUGUGCACAAGGCUACUUUGGUUUGGAAACCAUGGCCAGAACUGGAGAACAAAGUCUUCCAACAAAGAGUGGAAGACCUUUUAAAUAUGAGCUGUUCCAGUGUGUUACCUGGUGGAGGAACUAACUCGGAAUACGCUUUGCACUCUCUCUUUGAGGCGAAAGGAGAUAUUAUGGUUGCUCUUGAGAAGCUGCUGUUGAGAAAGCCAGUGAGAUUGAAGUGUCACCCUUUGGCAAAUUACCACUACGCCGGCUCUGAUAAAUGGACGCAUCAAGAAAGGAGGCUGUUCAAAGAGGCAUUGUCCACCUACAGCAAAGAUUUCAUAUUUGUACAGAAAAUGGUUAAGUCUAAGACGGUUGCACAAUGUGUGGAAUACUACUAUACCUGGAAGAAAAUCUUGCAUUUGGGACGGAAACACAGAACACGCUUAGAGAAAAAAAGAGAAGAAUGCCUGACAAGUGGAGAAGAGGAAGCGUUAGAGGAAGAUGAGGAGAUUGAAGAAGAUAGAAAGGAAGAAGGGGAAAUGCAGAAGUCUCCUGACCCACCAGCUAUACCUCUUGUUGGACCUAUAGAUCUGCCUGCCCUUCAGAGUCUUUCACUUUCUUCGUCCUCCUUCAUCUGUGAAAUGCCAAACUGUGGCGCUGUGUUCAGUUCCAGACAAGCGCUAAAUGGCCACGCUCGCAUUCAUGGAGGUACGAAUCAGGUGACAAAACCGCGAUGCACCAUUCCAGGCACUAAGCAGAAAUCUGGUACACAGAGCGGCUACUGCUCCAUCAAGAGUUCUCCUGCCCACAGCACAACAAGCGGUGAGACCGACCCAACAACAAUUUUUCCUUGCAAGGAGUGUGGCAAGGUAUUUUUCAAAAUCAAAAGCCGCAAUGCUCAUAUGAAGACUCACAGACAGCAAGAAGAACAGCAAAGGCAGAAGGCUCAAAAAGCUGCUGUGGCAGCAGAAAUGGCAGCCACUAUUGCAAGAACUACUGGGCCAGCUGGGCAUAGUUUGAUCCCUCUGGAUCACAUGAGUUUGGUUAAACAUGUUGAAAAUGUUGGUGACAUUGACGACGAUGUUGUUCAGGAGCUGGGUGAUGUCAUGGAGGAGAAUGAAGUCAUGGAUGCUGACCUCUUACUGGAUGAUGAAGAUGCAGAUCUACUGCAGGAUGAUGCUGAAUUGUAAAUAAAGUUGUUUGAUAAAGACAGCUACUGAGCACAGCCUGAAUGGAUCAAUCAGGAAACUUGGACUGCUCGUUUAUUCCCCACUGAUUGUAAACUACUUGUUGAAAAUGAUAAUUCUUUUAUCCAGGUCUAGAAAAAAAGAAAUCUGGUUUUUUCCCUUUUUUUUAUUAAUUUGUGUUCUAGGGGAAAAAAUAAAUAAUUGGUACAAAUAUUCUUAUAA